AUGGCAAGGACUACAAGCACCAUCUGCAGUUGGUUCUUGGCACCGCCUGCUGAGCCUCCUUUGGCUGGUUGGUCCGAAAAUGAGGAGGCCCCAGACGUCACCGUCAGCAUACUUCAACUCAUCCUCCCACAUUUCCCUCCCGCCAGAAGCGCGUCAUGCCCGCCCGAACUUGCCGUCACGGAGGAGGAGGCCUCUAGAAUGCUACUUGAGAUGAGAGCUGAAGAAGGGGCCGUGAUGACCCCACAGGCCACGCCGUACAAACCUGGUGCCAAAGCUCCCCUGAGCAAGAGGGCAUUCUGGCGCUUGUUGCUAACCAUCGAAAUAAGCAUGUUUGGCAUCGCCAUAGACGUCGCCGUCAUCCCGGUCGCCGUCCCGUCCCUCUCUUCCUACAACCUCGGGUACCUCAACUCAGCGUGGAUAGGCACUGCGUUCCUUGCCUCCUUCGCGCUGGGCUUCCUUAUCUGGCCGAGGGUGUGCAAGGGCUUCGCCCACAAGUUCUCCUUCGCCGUCGCCAUGGAGGCAUUCAACCUCGCAGCCGUCCACUCCCCGCCCUCUAGCGCACAGACGGUGGGGCGCUUGAUCGCGAUGCGUGCUAUGGCGGGAGCGGGCGCCGGCGGGGCCUACGCGAUUUUCGAGAUGGUUUUGAGGGACAUUGUUCCGCCGAAAGAAUUCAACAAGUACAUGUCUGCCUCUCGGAUGAUCUGGGCCGUGGCCGCGGUCGGUGGCCCGCUGGCAUCCGGAGCGUUGGUUGACUGCGGAGCUGGCCCACUUUCCUACGAACUUGGCCCCUUCAUAGGAACCGUUGGCUACAUCAUGGCGUUAUCCUUCCUGAACCUUCCGGGGCCGUCCUGGGCUGAUAUCCGCCUGAACUUGCGCCAGUUCGACUACCUUGGCUCACUGCUUCUCACUGCCGGAACAUUCUUCAUGCUGCUCGUGCCAGCAUCAGGUGGUGGUGCCAUAUUUCCCUGGAUCUCGGCCCCCCCAGUCGGCCUAUGCAUCGCCGGAGUUGCGCUCCUGGCAGCCUUCUGCUUCAUCGAGCCCUUGGUCCCUGAUCCUCUCCUCCACCCCUCGCUGUUCCUCGACCGAAGCCUGCUUAUGACUGCGAUGGUGGCGUUCUUCUACGGCGCAAACCUCUUUGGGACGCUGUAUUACGUCCCGCAUUUCUUCCAACUCGUUCUUGACGACGGUGCGUUUGUGUCUGGUGUGAGCAGUUUACCAAUGGUGGUGGGAAUGGCUGUGGGGGCCGCAGGUGCGACCUUUUUGAUCUCCAGGCAGCAAAUCCGAACAGGCAGAAUCGCCCAAGGAGGUGCUGCCUUGACGGCCCUUGCGAGCGGCCUGAUGGUCCGUUGGGGCACCAACACCAGCCGCGCGGAGGCAGUGGUGGUCCUUGGCCUCCUGGGCCUGGGCCAAGGGACUGCAUUCAUCGGCCUGGUUCGUAGUACGCAGACCUACGUUGACCACUCGCCUUCCUGGUCGGGCUCCCGGAUCUUCACACUCUUCCAGGCGUUGGGCUCUGGGUUUGGGGUUGCGUGUUUUGCGGCCGUGUACAUGCCCAGGCUGCAGUCGUCGCUUGGUGUUGUUGUUGCGGAUGUCGCAGAAACCUUGGCUACUGACAUUGGAAAUUUUAAAGAUGAGUAUACAAAUAUGGGACCACGUCUCCUGGAUGCAUACGGUUCCAGCAUGCGGGCCGGAUGGUAUCUCAUGUUUGCCUGUGCGUUGGCUGUGUCGGCUUUGACCUUUGUUCUGGAGCGAUGUUCUAUCCGAAACGACUUUCACAUGUCUGACUCUGACGGUUAUGAGAAGGUUCCCGGAAUCGAAAAAUCAGUUUACUAG